AUGUCGGCAAGGAGAGGUGGCGGAAGUUACCGAGAACGACGAGUGGAGAACAUCUUAGAUGUGCAACCAAGAGAAUUUGGAAAUCCCUGGAAUUUCUACGCUCUCUUUUCAAGAAGUGAAGAAGAUGUCCAUAGAUGGUGCAGAGAAAAUGGCAUCCUGGCUACCACAUUUCAGUGCCCAUACAACUGCGAUGGACAGAUGAGCCUGAAGGUCCUUGCUCGAGCUCCUGGAGGCAGCAUUUUUAGAUGUACAAAGAAUAGGGACCAUACCAAGUCAUCACGUACUUACUCCUUCUUCGACAAAAGUAAUUUAAUGCUGCAGGAUAUUAUGGUUUUCAUAAAGUCGUACCUGGAAAAGAGCAGCCUUGCGCAAUGUGUGCGCUUUUCAGGUAUGGCCUAUGGUACAACAGCUGUCAACUGGGCAAGCUUCACUCGGGAACUCUUCAAGGAGUAUUUUUAUACAAAUCUGCGGUACAGAAAAAUGCAGGGGGUUGUGGAGAUAGACGAAUCCCUAUUUGGCAGGAGGGUGAAAUUCCAUAGAGGAAACCCUAAUCGUGGAUUAAAGAUUUGGAUAUUUGGGAUGGUCGAAAGAGACAGCAAUACUUUGGUCAUGUACCCUGUGUCAGACAGAACAGAAGAUACACUUCUUCCAAUUAUCGAAAGGCACGUAGAAAAAGGGUCAACUAUUUACAGUGAUGGGUGGUCCGCCUACUGUAAAUUGAACGACGCAGGAUACGACCACUUCACUGUUUUGCACAAGUACUCGUUCAAAAAAACGUAUAUAAACACCAAGUCACAAGAAGUAGUUGAGGUACACACCAACAGAAUCGAAGGGGCCUGGAAACAUGCCAAAGACCACUUCAGGAGACUGGUGGGUACCAAACUUUCACAAUUUGAAGGGCAUCUAGCGGAAAUAAUGUGGAGAUCGGCAGAGAGGGGUAACAUCUACGAGGCCUUUUUUAAUCUUUUGAGAAGUGUCUACCCAUUGGAUAGUCCACCUCAUUACACAUACCCAACGCCACUCUUCAAUACUUGGGAAGGAAUUCCAGAAAGCCAGUCUAAAAUUGACGACUGGGAAAUUAGACCAGAGAACACUGAUGCCGAAAGCGAGGCUGAAUCGCAGAUUGAGACAACUUCGGCUGAGUUGUUUUCAGGCUUAGUGGAGGAAGAUAGCUCAGCUAUUAUGCCCAACAGGGAACUUUCUUCAAGUGAACUCCAGGAGCGGCAGUUGCUGCAGAAGUCCACUUUGGAUAAAGUGUCGCAGGAGAUGCUUGAAGGGUCUGGGAGCGAGGAUGAAGGGGACACCACUCUUACAGAACUUACAGUUCCAGGAGCUCGAGUGUUAAUCCAAAAUAAGGCCGGUCCAAGGAGCCAAGAUGCAUCAUCUGAUAAAGCUGCAAUGAAGACUACAAAUGGGCAAGACACAAGCACCAUACAAACUAGAAAGAGCACCAGGAGGAAAAGUAUGCAAUAUCUUCUUAGAAAUAAAUCAUACAUUUAA